AGGGCCCACGCAGAUACGUGUGUUGGAGUAAAUGCCUGCUCGUUCGAUCGCUCUUGACUCGUUAUUCUUGCCGGAUAUAGCGUACUAGGAGAUUAUCGCUGCAUUAUACGUUGUUUCUACAAAUAUCAUAAGCAUGUCAGGGGCGUCGAGGGAACCGGACAUGGAGCUGAAGAAGGCAUUCAUGGAACUGCAGCAGAAGAUGCAGAACACCAACCAGUCCAUCCGCCUGUCAGACAUGCAGAUCGAGACUCUGAAGAGGCAGAUCAUGCAUGCUCAGCUGACAGAUAAGGAAAUUCAGGCUGUUCCAGAUGAGACGCGAGUGUACGACGGUAUUGGGCGAAUGUUCAUCAGGAAUGACGUCCAGAGCGUGCGGAAAAACCUCGAGAAAAAGCAAGUGUCGCACAAGGAGAAAAUUGCCAAGCUGGAGAGCAAUAAACAGUACCUAGAGAAGAGCCUCAAGGAGUCCGAAAACAACCUGCGGGAAUUGAUAAAGACGAAGCAAAAGAUCAGCGUCAGCUAGGUGUGGUCAAUCGUAGGUACUUGUUGUUCCAGUGAGCGGAAAUCGACGGUGUUUGGCCAGCACACGUUACUACCUUUCAGCGGCGUAGCUUUCGCCUUGGCCCCUCACGAAUGUUGCGUCACAUUAGUGCGCGCGUUAGUGUCGUCUUCGGUCAAAAUCCAUCGAUGAGUAGCUCGCGCCAGCUAAAUCUCACGAGCCAUAGCUCCUUCCGCGCCUUUUUUCCGUUGGAAAAGUCGUUUUCUUUUGUUUAAGCCUUUCCAAACGCGUAAUCCAAACGCCUCGUGGUCCUUUUGGCACGGCGUUUCACCACGC